CGCGCCUGUUGCGCGGAGCGGCCAUGGAGGUGCAAGUGGGGGUCGGGCGCGUGUACCCGCGCCCCGCGGGCAGGACCUUCCGCGGCGCCUUCCAGAGCUUCUUCCAGAGCGUGUGCGAGGCCUUCCAGGCACCGGGGCCGCGCGCGGAGCCGGGGCCCGGCCCGCCCAGCCCGCGCCCGCCGCCCGCCGAGCCGCCCGGCGGCCCCUUCCCCGCCUGCGCCGCCGACCUCAAGGAGCUGCUGUGCGAGGCGGGGGCGCUGCCGCCGCCGCUGCUGCCCGAGCCGCCGCCCGAGCCCGAGCCGCCCAAGGAGGGCUUCCUGGGCGAGAGCGCCAAGGAGCUCUGCCGCGCCGUGUCGGCCUCCAUGGGGCUGGCGCUCGAGGCGCUCGAGGCGCCCCCCGAGCCCGCGCCCCGCGACGACUGCAUGUUCGCCGCGCGCCCCGGCUGCAAGGGCGCCGAGCCGCCCCUCGACGUGCAGCCGCUGCCGCUGUUCCGGGCGUCGUCGCCGCCGCCGCCCGCCGAGCCGCCCGCCCGGCCCGGGCCGCCCGCCCGCGUCAAGCUGGAGGGCGCGCUGGAGCGCGGCUGGGCGGCCGCGUGCCGCUUCGGCGCCGAGCUGCCCGCGCCGGGGCCGGGCCCGGGGCCCGCGCCGCCCUGGCCGACCUUCUUCGCGGACGAGGGGCAGCUGUACGGGCCGUGCGCCGAGCCGCCCGGCGGCGCCUUCGCCUGCGCGCGCCCGGCCGCGCCGCCCGCCGAGCCCGCCGAGCUGCCCCCCGACGGCUGGUUCCCGCGGGCGCCCUUCGCCGCCGCCGCCUGCAUCAAGAGCGAGCUCGCGCCCUGGGGCGACGCCUACGCGGGCGCCUACGGCGACGUGCGGUUGGAUCCUGGCUGCGAACACGUCCUGCCCAUUGACUAUUACUUCCCACCUCAAAAGACCUGCCUGAUCUGUGGUGAUGAGGCGUCCGGGUGCCACUACGGAGCCCUCACUUGUGGCAGCUGCAAAGUCUUCUUCAAACGGGCCGCAGAAGGGAAGCAGAAGUACCUUUGUGCCAGCCGGAACGACUGCACCAUCGACAAGUUCAGGAGGAAAAACUGCCCGUCCUGCCGCCUGCGCAAGUGCUACGAGGCGGGCAUGACGCUCGGAGCCCGCAAGCUUAAGAAGCUGGGCAACCUGAAGAUCCAGGAUGACUCGGAGGCAGGCGGCUCGUCCAGCCCCGCAGAGGAGCAAGCCCCCAAGAUGGUGAUGACGCACAUCGAUGGGUACGAGUGCCAGCCCAUCUUCCUCAACGUGCUGGAGGCCAUCGAGCCCGGCGUGGUGUGUGCUGGCCAUGACAACAGCCAGCCCGACUCCUUCUCCAACCUGCUGACCAGCCUCAAUGAGCUGGGCGAGAGGCAGCUGGUCUACGUGGUGAAGUGGGCAAAGGCCUUGCCAGGGUUCCGCAACCUGCACGUGGACGACCAGAUGUCCAUAAUCCAGUACUCUUGGAUGGGUCUCAUGGUUUUUGCCAUGGGGUGGAGAUCUUUCACCAACGUCAAUUCCAGGAUGCUUUACUUCGCUCCAGAUUUGGUCUUCAACGAGUACCGCAUGCACAAGUCCAGGAUGUACAGCCAGUGCGUCAGGAUGCGGCACCUCUCGCAGGAGUUCGGCUGGCUGCAGAUCACGCCCCAGGAGUUCCUCUGCAUGAAGGCGCUGCUCUUCUUCAGUAUUAUUCCCGUGGAUGGCCUGAAGAACCAGAAGCUCUUUGAUGAGCUUCGAAUGAAUUAUAUUAAGGAACUUGACCGCAUCAUUGCUUGCAAGAGGAAGAACCCGACGUCCUGCUCGCGGCGGUUCUACCAGCUCACCAAGGUCCUGGACUCCGUGCACCCGAUUGCCAAGGAUCUGCAUCAGUUUACAUUUGACCUUUUGAUUAAGGCACAUAUGGUCAGCGUGGACUACCCUGAAAUGAUGGCCGAGAUCAUCUCUGUGCAGGUUCCCAAGAUCCUGUCUGGCAAAGUCAAGCCUAUCUACUUCCACGCGCAGUGAGGUGCCGGAGGGACCCCCGUUCCGCCGCCCCCGUUUCAGCCCUGUCCUGCCUCUAGCUCUGCACUACUGCACUGUGGUGCCUUGGGCCGCGCCGGCCGGGGGCCGCGGUGCCCGCGGGCUGAGCGCCCCCACGACUCUGCUGGCCCGCCGCCCCGUUUACACCCUCGGGCUUGUGGUCCCCACGGUGACUUUUACUGGCCCCAGGCCACCGGCAAUGACGGAUUGGGAGAAAUCCACCAGCUGUCCUUCAACUCAUUUUGUUUCUCCUUGCUGCAGGACAAUUCAAGGCAAGAAGCAGGUCGGACCUCUGGGCUUGGGUGUGGGUGACUUUUCUGGCCUCCCCUAGGACUUUUUUUUGCAUCAUGGUGCUGGGCGGCAGCUGAGAGUCGGUGUCGUGGUGGGGAAGCAGAGAGGGGUCGGGACUGGGGCCAAACCCUCCGGCGUGCGGGGCAGCGCGGUGCCCACCGUGCCGUGCUGUGUCAUGCUGUGCCCAGCACCGUGCAGCACGGUGCCCGGGGAGCUCGGCACCGCGUCCCAGCUCCAUGGCCGGACCCACCUCCACAAGUGCCUCAAGCGUCUCGAGCAGCGGCUGCGCCAGGAUCCGCGCGUCCCAGUGCUGUGUCCGUGGCUCCCAGGGCUGCACUGGGGCCUCCUCCCCUCCUCGUGCCGCCCUUGCCCCCAUUGCAGCCAUGGGACAUGGGGACAUGGCCCCCCACGUGCACGAGGAGGCGCGGACAGCCCACGGCCACAGGACGUGUUUAUUUGGUGGGUGCCCCCUGGUCCCGCUGCGUCUCGUGGCCCCGCUGCCACCCGUGGCGAUCCCAGCGCGCAGUCCGGCUCAUGCUGUUUUCCCCAUGUCCGUCACGGCCCUGUGGGUGCCACCACCCUGCGGGUGCCACCCCGGUCACCACCGGCCUCGCGGGGCCCACAUGUGCGGGGCGUCCUGCCCCGCUCCGGGACAGGCAGCGUCCUGGAGCGCCAGCCACGUCAGCGCCGAUCCGGGAGCAGCUGCCGCUGCGGAGCCCUGCGCGCGUCCUGCUGUUCGUCUGCAGCGGAACCGCUCCAGGGCCCAGCGCCGCCGCGUAGCCCCCGGCCCUGCGGCUUGCCUGGCUGCCGCCGACUGCGCCACGGAGCGGGCUGACUGAUAAAGCCCUGCGUUGGAUUCUGAUCCUGUCGAGAGCUGCUCCGGAGAGCGCUGCGCUUGGCACCAGCGCACGACAAAGGCGGCCUCAGUCGUUCCUGAGCGGAGACAACACGUGGGUGCCCUGUGCUGGGAGAGCGGAGAGAACAUAAACACUAACCUAGGGUGAGAGCAGCGUGCCGAGGAGGAGCAGGAGGAGGAAGAGGCUGUCCUGUGUCAUUGCCUGGUGAAUGCAGCUCGAGCACCUCGUGUUGCCUCUCCAGCUGCGUUGGCAUCGCGAAGGACACGGAUGCUCAUGUGGAGCCACCCGGACAGGGACACGAGCGCCCAGCUGUCCUGGAGCCCUGCAGGAUUGGGUAGUGUCUCUGUCCUGCACUGUCAAAGGGAAUUCUCAUCAUUUUUUUUUUAAACUCAAUUUCUACCUUUUUAUGAUAUUACUAGAGGAAUUUAUGGUGGAAUUUGGGGGGCUAGGAUCAGUAGCACCUCUGUGUGCGUUUGCUGUGCCGAGAUUAACGUUCUCUUUCUGCCUAUUUAAUUUGGCUUCUGCAGAAACUGGAAAAAAAGACAUAAGAAGCUCCAAAGUCCCGAUCCUGCCAUGUUCCUUUGUACUUUGUGUUUCCCUUUGCAUUUCCAUGCUUACUUUUGCUUUAAUAAAGCA